AUGAGAACUGGCACUUUGCUAGCUAGUUUUGCAGCCCUGGCUGCUGCAGCUCCCUCAACUCAAUCACAUCCGGAAUCUACAUCCCACCCACUCGUUGUUGACCAAGCACCAGACACACCUCGCCCGUAUGUCCUCCCCAAAGGCUUCGGGCGAGCCGUGUCAGUAGGAUCCCAGGUGUACCGCUUUUCGGUAACGGGCAACGCCUCCGAUGGUGCCUUUACCUUACUCCAAACUAAUGCGCCCUCAUCGCCUGGGCUUGGAGUUCUUCCGCAUAUCCACAAAGCCCACUACGAGAACUUCUACUGCACCAAGGGACAGUUUCGCCUUUGGGCCGAGUCUAAUUCGUCGGCACAACAAGGUCGACAAUUAACUCCUGGUGAUUAUGGUGCCGUUCCUCACAAUACCAAACAUACCUUCCAGGUCCUCGAUCCGGAUACCCAGAUGACUGGUGUUAUUCAUCCUGGUGGUUUUGAAGAACUGUUCGUCGCUCUGGGCGACGACUUCUCAUCCAAUACCGGCACCCCAUUUGUCCCGGCUGCUCUAAACGAUUCAAGUUCUGGCACUGAUCCUAAAGUCAUCACGACUCUUGAGUCCUUCGACGUCUUUGCUCAGCUUGAUUUCGAACCACGGCAAGAUUUUAUAAAUGGCCAAGCAGGUGGCUCGUCACAAUGGCAUAACGAUAGAAACACUCUUGCAAUCGACUCUACUACUCCAAACUUCAUCGCAAAAAACAGGGGCCCAAAGUACCUCAAUAACAUCGGUGGUACUUACCAGCUCAUCGCUCCCUUGGCCACUAAGAGUCAAACCAAUAGCAACUUUACCAUGGGAACUGUGACUUUGAGCCAUCAAACCGACGGCACACGUUCCAUCAAAACCAAGCUGCGCGAACCGGUUGCCUUUCAACUUGAAGAGGGCAAGCUCAGCAUCGUGAUCAAGGGAUAUGAAGUUGUGGAACUGAUACAGGGAGAUGUGGUAUUUGUCCCAGGCAACACUGUCUUCACUUAUCAUGCUGUGGUGCCUUUCACUAAAUUUCUGUAUGUGAGUGGAGGCAAGGAUGGUUUCGACCAAACUUUACUGAAAGGAGCUAAGGCCUGGGACUAUGCCAGCUAUCCAGUGGCGUACACCGUUUCAUAA